AUGGAAAUCCGCGUCGUCCUUGGAAGUUGGCCAUGGACCGCGCCACCCGGGCCAGCCAUCAACGCAUCAACGUUCCCUAGACUGCAGUCUGUAAAGCCAGAGCGAGAAGUUCUCAUUCCUGGGAACUUUCGACUGUCGAGCGGAGGCUCAGACACGAGGGGAUCCAGAGCGCCGUUGGAGUCUCAGUUCUGGGACAUCAUUGAUGGCUAUUUAUGGCAGGUUUCCAGAGACUCGGACUUCUGUUGUCCUGUAACGCUGGCUCUUUUUCCUGCACAGAGUCAUGGUCCCUUAAGACUCACAAGAAAAAUUUUCCAUAUUCGUGAUUCCGAGACAAAGCUUAAAAUUGGUGGCACCGCCGCACCGACACGAGGAUCAACGCGGGCGCCAGUCCAGGUCGACACGGAGCUGGAUGAAACGCAAUUGCAACAUGGCUUAGAUGUCUCUGACGGUGCUAGUGCACGGUGCAUUCUCAUACGGGCAUUGAUACGCAGCGUGCCUGUUUGUCGCUUGUCGCAGUACAUCCUUCACUACACCCGAUUCACGACCAGCCGGCCCCGUGUCGAUGGCACGAUCAGUGCUCAGCCUACGCAGUUCUCUGAGAGGCACAGAAGGAUAACAGGACAGCAACGCGUUUGCCUACUUAUGCCCUUCCUCUCUUCUCUCUUCCUCCUCUCCUCGUUCAUGGCGCGAUUGUUCGACGCCGGCGAGUACCACUGCCAGUGGCUGCUCUACAUGCCUAUGGGCCAUUGCACUACUGUCCUUGGCUGUGGAUCGGCACGACGAAAUGAUGCCCUUCCGACGUGGUCCGAGUUCAAACGUUCACGAACACUAUCGUUCCCCAGCCUGGCCGAAGUAGCGAGAUCGUGGAGCGAGUCGCGAGUCGAAGCGCUUGCCAGCAGUCACCAUAUAAUUGGACGGAAGAGUCAAUCAGAUCGUGAAUACGUGCACAGUGAUUACCGUCAAGAGCUCGCGCUCACCGCCCACUUUAGACACUCCAACGACAGCUUGAAAGCCUCAGGCCUCAUGUUCCGACCACAUCGCGAGCAACCCACAGGAAGUUUCUGUAAGAUGCCCACUGAGUCUAUUCUCACUCCGACUCCACGCUGCACACAACUGUAUCGGCACCUCCAAGAUGCAACGCGUUACGGCCCCGCCAUGCUGGAAAUGUCAGGCUGGAUCAUUAGCCCGUAA